AUGUCAGCAGGACUUGGAAAAUGCAGCAAAAUCCGCCACAUUGUACGCCUCCGCCAAAUGCUACGCCGCUGGCGGAACAAGGCGCGAAUGUCCGCCGGCCGCAUCCCCUCCGAUGUGCCUGCCGGACACGUGGCGGUCUGCGUCGGAACCAGCUGCCGGAGGUUCGUUGUGCGGGCGACGUAUCUGAACCACCCCGUGUUUAAGAAGCUCCUGAUCCAGGCAGAGGAGGAGUACGGGUUUUCCAAUCAAGGCCCCUUGGCAAUUCCGUGCGAGGAAUCCGUGUUCGAGGAAGUCAUCCGGUACAUUUCCCGUUCGGAGUCGGGCCACUCGACCCGAUUCCUCAACACGGACGAUUUUCAGAGAUAUUGCCACAUGGAUGUUGGGGGUAAGUUUGACUUCUGGAAGGAAUCUCGACCGUUGCUCCAAGGGUUUGCCGAGAAAACAAUCUGGUAAAAGGGAUGCUCCAGCUGCUUUAGUAUUGGCGAAACGAAUAAAGGGCAGUGACGUUGGUCCGGUGAUUCUGAUCCGGGUUUUUGACUCAGUCCGAGUUAGCUCUCGCCUCGAGAGAGGAGUCCCCAAAGAUUUGCGAAAUGCGUGGAAGAAGGAUAGAUAAAA